AUGGCCUUCCUUCAGAAUAAUGUCAACGCAAUGAACUCUAAUGCCAGUUUCAAUUCGUCACUUCGCAUGUAUGUUGAGAUGAUUGAAGCAUGUACCGCUUUGGAACAGCAAAAGUUGCUUCAGAACUUGCGACAUCAGCUUGCUCCUACUCCUCCAGCACCCACAGGAGUAGCUGCAAUGCCCAACAACACUCAUGCUAUUUCACCACUCCUCGUGGCCGAAGCUUUUAACACUCUCAUCAAACAUCAACAGCAGCAACAACAACAACAGCAGCAGCAAGUCAACGCAAAUCCACUUGUUCUUGCUCUUGCUGCUGCCGCAAAUCAGCCGGCAGCCCUCGCCUCGGCCCUCACACAGGCGUUGGUAAACCCAGUCGGGUCCCCCGCCCCAUCGGUGCACGGGAUUCUCAACGCACUCACAAGACAACACCCCUCCGUUUCGACUACAUCCUCCGCAUCAUCGCCCUUGCCGCAAUCCCCGGCAGGCAUCUUGCAAAGUCCCUAUCCAGCAGCAGCGAUCAGUGGGAUGGUCUUUCAUCAAUCCGAGGUUGUGGCCAAGCGCCCGGUUUCGGACAUUUCGAGCAGUGACGAUUCUUCGGGGAGUCAUCCCAAACGUCAACGACUUGCCUGCAGCUACGAAAAGGAUACUUCCUUUUUGCACUAUCACGAUGAGAAGUGGAACUUUCAUUACAAUGAAUUGGUCGAGUUCAAAACGAAACAUGGGCAUUGCAAUGUCCCGUAUGGAUUUGAAGAAAACAAGGCACUCUCGCGUUGGGUCAAACGCCAACGAUACCAGUACAAACAAAAGAGAGAAGGCAAGACUCAAGCCAUGCCCGAGUCUCGUAUCCGCAAGCUAGAUCAACUCGGCUUUGUCUGGGGCGCCCAAGAGCUACUUUGGCAGACCCGAUUCCACGAACUGAAGGAAUACAAACUCAAGACUGGCCACUGCAAUGUUCCGUACAUUCAUGACCCCAACCCCAAGUUGGCCAUUUGGGUCAAGUGUCAACGAAGACAAUACAAACUCUCUCAAGAAGGCAAACCUUCCAACAUGACGGUCUGCCGAAUCAAGGCGCUUGCCGAUCUUGGUUUUGUGUGGACUCAACGCAAGCCCCUACGAUAA